AUGGUGGUAAAAUUACCUGCAGUAUUAUGGACAUUUGUGACAGUAAUGUCACUUCAAUGCAGUGACUGCCUGAACAGCGUUCGUGCGAACCGCAAGAUUCGUUCCAGUUCCAAGGUAAGCUAAAUCUCGUCUGAUCACAGAAAUUCAAUGCGAAAUGUUUACAUUGAAAUAUGAAUGCAUAAUUCGACCGAUCUCACAACAGUCAGAAAAUCUAGGCCAGUUUUGGUCGAUUUCUACGUAUUGCAUAUUUUAUUUCAAGACACUUAGAGGAAAUAUUUCGUAUCUCAAGUAAAAAGUUAUAUUUGUGCCAGCCAGGACCUAAUAAUACUUUAGAGUAGAGAAUAGCGGCAAAUAUACCAGAUAUACAAUUAAACAUGUACAAAUAUGUACAAUAUAGUAAAAGCGUGGCGUGCCAUCUUUUGUGCAUAUGACUAAGCAUAUGGAGUCAAAGUGUCAAGCAUGUAAGAGAUCCUGUCAAGGAGAAAAUUAGACUUGUAAAACGAGAGUAAAACAAAUGAGCGAAUAAAACGAACGGGCGAGCUUGGACAAAUCCCCUAUUUCGAAAUCCGCACUUUAACCUGAAAUAUUUGAGCCCAACUGUGAAGCUAAAUAAUACGACUUAAUUGUAGGAUAAGUCUAUGAAAAAAAAAUAGUUUGACAUGUAUCAAAAUGACAAUGAAAAUAAUGUCAUGAAAAUUAUUGAACGGCCCGUUCAAUAUGCCGAAUCGUGAUGGUUGAGUGGUUAUAUAACAUAAUAAUACAUACGUUCUUUUGAAUUUAGUAAAAUUUGCCAUGCCCGUUUUAUUAGUUUGUGUCCUUGAGACAUUAUUGUACAAUUAGUAAUUGUACAAUUCAUAGUAUGAACUACAGUGAGCUAAACCUUGCGAGCUUUUAUUAACCGAUCGUAUUAUCUUGUAUACUAACUAGACAACGUGCUAGUAAACUUAUCUAGCGGAAAGUCGGAGGCGGAUAUUUUGAAUAAGAUAAUGUAUAGGCAAGAUCUUUUUGGUCGAUAAUAUCUGCUCACUUUGUCCCCCAAGGCAUAACUAUGGCUCAUUCGACCAACCGGACUUUGUGAACAAAUUCCAAUCAAUUUCAUACACCUCCCUUAAAAAUGAUGCUAGCAUGCAACUCAUGAGGAUUUAUGAAAAUAAUAAAACGUCAAAAUAUAGUUGUGCAAACAGGUUUAAAAUCGUAUGCAAUUAUGCAAAUCUGCUCCAACUAUGUUUUUAUCUUCGUCUUAAAGUUCCAGUUCGCUUGUAAUUAAAAUCUCAUCUUUAAUAAAUUUAUUAUCAGCUCGAUAUAGUUCGCAAACAAAUGCUGCGUUUCGGUACGAUGAGGGCAAAUCGAAGGGCGGAGGAGUGGUUCCUGGUUGGUUAUUAUUUGUGUGAUUAUAUUUUACAUAUGUGAUAGUAUAUAUUUACAUUUUGUUAUUUUGCAAGGAUAUCAAGACCCGAAAUGAAUAUAUCCAUAUACAAUUCACUGACACUGACGUGAACAAUUGUUUUAGCAUAUACCAUAUAACGAAACAAAAAAAUGACAAACUGAACGGUAACUGAUCAGCGAAAAUAUUUUUAAAACAGUACUCGAAAUUAAUCCCAGUAAGUAAACAAAGCAGUAUUGACAAGCCUAGCUUUAGUGUUUUACUAAUUCGAUUCAUUAGAAUAGAUUUGAUGGAUACUGUAAACCACUGAUAAUAUAACUUUCUGGCUUGUUUUGUGUUUGGCGGAACCACAGCUUCGUUUAGUAAACAAAUCGUUCGUCUGGAAGUGGGAAGAUAUUUUGUUUUGGUCCGCAGGUGAAUAGUGUAAGGAUAUUAGAAGCAGAACAACCAAUCAUGUCAAUCAAAUUGGACGAAAAGCACCAUUCGUCUUCCUAGCUAGUAUAUCCUAAAACUGUUUAUUCAUCUUAGUAAAAUGUAUUGUUUAUGUACUGCGUUGUUGCUUGUCAUUUCGCGCAUGAAUUUCCUAUAUCUUAUCAAUUUCUUAAAUGAUAACGCAGCAUGAAGCACGCCCCCAAACCAUUUCGAAAGCCCGCCCAUUGUGUUGGCGAAAGUAAGGCUUGCAUCCACUCUCUCAAUUGUGAUACACUCGCAAUGCCCCUGGUACGACACUGCUCUGAUGUGACAUUCAUUUCAUGGUGGCAUGAAAUGGAACGCAUGCAACGUUAUUUUCUAAAAACAAUUCAGCUUCAUGAGUCAUAAGGCUCUUUUAUUUUCACUCAUCGCAAAAACAGCUCGCAACAAUUGCAAUAUGUAUAAUAUUGUAUUUGCAAUAUGUAUAAUUGCAAUAUGUAUUGUCAUAAGGCUCUUUUAUUUCCACUCAUCGCAAAAACAGCUCGCACAAUUGCAAUAUGUAUAAUGUUAUAUUUUCAUAGCAGGGGUUUCGUUAGAAAUUCUAAUGAAACGGAAAUUCUUGUAAUUCCCAUCUACUGAAUGCUUCAUACAACUAUCAUAUUACAUCAUAUAAUAUAGUCAUUAUUGUUUCCACAAGCAGCUGCUAGAAUAAUUCAUUAGACUGUUCAAUAUAAAUAUCGAAAAUACAGUCUACUGUGAAAUUCAUGAUCACACAAAUCUACAUAUUACGAAUCAAAACAGGUUUCGCGAAUAGUUUGGUUAAACACGCAUUUGGUUUCUUUUUCAUCAAAAUAUGAGUUUUGCCAAUGACAAUGUGUUGGGUGCCAGCAGUUAAAGGCAUUAGAUUUUCAACAUACUGUAAUGUUUUAUUCUACAUGCCUCCUAAGGGGACAAUCACAUUGGUUAACCCAUCAGAUUGAAAAGAAGAAGCCGUAGGAAUUCGAAUUAAACAACCGUUUCUAUUCUUAAUUUUUGCGGUAGGCAGUCCUACAGUAAACAUGAAAGAUAUCCGAGUACUCCGAUAUCUGGCAGUACUAACCUGAUCGCAACGGGUGACUUCAAAAUAUUCAGAUAUUAUAACACUUUGUAUCCAAAAUCAACAACUGCCACUGCAUGAACCCUUUUGUCCCUAUUGAGAAGAAAAUAUUUUGCUAUAACCGAUCUUAUUGUUCUCAAGACUAACGCAAUCAAGAGUAAGAUAAUCAAACUAUAUAGGUCUCGCCUUACAAAUUUGUUUUUAUGAUAAAAUGUCAUGAACUUUUGGCUUCAUUUUUGGUCCCCUAUAUACCUGAAGGCUAAAACAUUCAUGCAUAAUUGCCUCUUCGUUGGUAGGGAUGCAACUACCUGAAAAAUAUAAGGAGAAUUUCGACGUUCCGAGCGAAGGCCCUUCGUUUGGAGUUACCGAGUGACUAUAUCAUGACAAAAUAAAACAACCUCACGAAUGGCAAGGUUCUCGUUUCGGGCUCGUACGCGAGAAAAAAACUCGUAGGAGUUGCAUUAAGCCCCUUCAAACGAGGCCAAUAUCGGCUAGUCCCAACAUCACUCAACAUUGUUGUAUGUAAAAAGUUGCUCUGGUUUGAACGCUUUUGUUGCAUGGUUGAUUUUGUAGGAUGUUGAAUCGGAUUCAACUUUGUUAAAAUUUUCACUAGUACACAAUUCGACAAUUACGCGUGAUCACUGGCAUUCGACGAUAACAUGUGAUCAUUGGACGCGCUCCAACACUGACCAACAUUGUUGAACCCGCGGCAAAAAUUAUGAAACAUUGGAGAGGAAAUGGGCAUUUUGCAGCUUGCUGAUAGAGCCAAAUUCAUGUGCAAAACAUAGAAAAUAUUUUUUCGUCAUUUGACUUCAAUUCAAAUGCCUUCGAGUCCAGGCUUUAUCGACACUCUUGACUGUUUUACUUUCAUCUGUGGAAAAAGUUUUACUAAAAGUUUGGGUAUUCCUGUUGAUUUUGAGCUUUUAACCUUUCUUUAGCACAAAAACUGGAAAAUAUAUGUUUUCAAAGUUGUAUAUUACUUGUCGCUUUAUCAAAAUAUCCCAACUUUGCCUCCGGAAAUUGGACUUUAGCUAUAUCCGAGGAAAAUUUUUUAGCCAAUCAGAUAGCAUAAAUUACCUCCCCCCACCCACUAGAAAGUGUCAAUUUGUCCCUAUGGAUUUUUCUGCUAACAACUCACAAGCUAUUCUUUUAUAUAAAUCUCUAUAUGGUUGUACCAAUAAUAAUGGACGAUGGCGGGCUCGUCUGAACGGGGACUUUGCCGGGCCUGAGAUUGCUGCCUCUAUCGCAUAUGAGCUGUGUUUUCUUCCUCUAAAAUAGAUUAUCACAGAGAUCAUUGAAUUGGAAGAAGGGACUGAAGAAACCUAUCUCAACUGUUCUACAAAUAUAAAUGGAACAAAACUCAAGGUUGAAUGGAAAAAAGAUGGUGUAAUUAUAUCUGAAUUGCAUUCCUGGGAUGUUUGUCCAAUAUACGAUGCGAAUUGUGAUCAUGAUGGCAAAUACACAUGUUUUGCAAACGGCUCUAAUUCGACAGUUAUAAUUUUGAAAGAAUUCGUGGUCAAAAUAUUAGGUAUAAUAAUAAAACUUUCAUUAAUUUCUGUCACUGACUAAUAAGAUAUUUUAUUAAAAUAAUGGUUCAUAUUCAUGUUUAUUAUAAGUAAUAACAUGGCUUGAGGGAAAUUAGUGAUUGAAUGACCACGUAACCCGAGGCAGGUUUGCGAAGCCCGAGGGGAUUCCGCGGACCUGCCGAAGGUAAGUGGUUUAAUCAGUAGUCUCCCGAUAAGCCAUGCUAUUAGUUUGUAAUAGCAUGGUUGAGUUCCCACCAAAAAACGGACACACAUGCCCUACUUGCUAUCAGCGAAUUUAAGCUAAAAUUAUUUGCUUCUUUGCUUGUGGGAUGUAAAAGCUUGUUGGACAUGCGCAUUUUUUACGCUCUAAUCGGUUACGCAUGCGCAAUCUAUCAUUUAACGUACCACAACAAAAACAACACAGCAAAUAUCAUGAUUAUUAGAUUACACUGAUAUCGAAGGAACUAGACUCAGUUCCGAAAUAUCGCAUACUCGAACCGACCUGACCGCGUAGUUCAGUUGGCAGAGCAUUGGGCUAGUAUUCCAAAGGUCGUCGAGCGGGCGAUUAGAACUAAUCGCCCGCUACAGUGGGCGAUUAGUUAGUAAUCGACCCGGUAAAAACAAAAGAAACCAUCGUAACUAUGCCAUUUAACAAUUAGACAACGAGGCUGAGUUGUCUAUGAGCGAAUAGUCAACGAGGCGAAGCCGAGUUGACUAUUUGCUCAUAGACAACGAGGCCGAGUUGUCUAAUUGUUUUAGUAUAAACUUUAACAUUAAUUUACAACUAGGCUGCAAACACAAUACAAAAAUACACAAAAAAACAUUCUAAAACCAUUAAAGGUAAACAAAUAUUUUAGUUUUUGUUCGCGUAAAAUGUUUUACAAAAUUCAGUUUUAAUUUUAAAAUUUCAUUGAGUGUAUGUUAAUAAUUUUGUCUAUUUUCUUACCCUUAAAAAUUGCCAUUCCAUAUUUUUGUUGCUUUUUUUUCGCGGUUUUUUAGUACAGAAUUGUUCAACAAGUCGUCCAAAAAAUCAUCAGACACUUCGGCAAAAGUGCAAAACGCGAAUUUUCCGCCAUUUUGAAUUUUCUAUUAGUAGGCUAUCACUAAUAGCCUACUAGUAGCGCAGCCAAUCAGGCCUUCGCGCAAACUAAUGUCAUAUGUCACGACUAUAGUGACUUGAAAAACGCCGGGCAAAGAGAAAUUUUCCUAUUAUGUAAUAAGGAGAAUGGCAUGAUGUUAAUUUAAAACUGCAGCAUUGAAAGACGUUAGAAAGAUAACUGAAAAUCAAAAAACCUCAAAAGUCUUUAUAAUAUUAGAGUACCACCAUUAAGAUGUAGACAUUAAAAAUGAAGCAUGCCAGUUUAUGUUUGUUCAAAUGAGCAUGCAUGACACAUAAACACUAUGAGCAUACAGUCUGCGGCUGUUGACAACUAAACUCAACUAGAGUAAAUCCAUUUACGAAGCCAAAUCCGAGUCAAUUCCGAGCCCGGUCAAACGCCCGAGUCACGUGAAAAAGACGAAAUUGAAUAAAAACGCAGCCAAAUAGAGUUGGGAAUGGGUUAGGGUUAGGGUUAGGGUACUAAAUCAUUGAACCGACAAAGACAGCUAAACACUUUAUCUCAUACCUAGGGUAUUAGCGGCUUUCCUAUUGGCUACGAGGAGGUUCGUUCAAUCUCGAACCCACCUGCUGACGUAUGUUUAGGAGGCUGGUUCGAGAUCGAUGUUUCGGCGGCGGCUGUUACGAAGCGAUUUGAACAAAUUUCAGACGAAGAUUUUAAUAAAAAAAUAAAAUAACUGUUUUUAAUUGUUCUAUAAUUAUUAUUUUUUUAUUUGUUGGAUGGAAAUGAAACAUUCUGUGUUCAAAGUGGAAAAAAAAAAGAUUACCGCCGAAAUUUGUUCGGCAAGGGCAGGUUUAUAUAAAUCUUGGCAAUGUUUUCGCAAAAUGUGUGCAUUUUCUCUUUUCAAGAAUAAGGGAAUAUUGUAGAGAAUUUUUUUAGCUUCGAUUGAAGCCUAAGUUUGUUUGUUUGCGUGGUAUGUUGGCGGCUAAAAUGUUCAUUAUCCAAACAAGAAAUUAUAUACUAAAAUGCGUAAAUUCUUCAGCACGUUUUACCGAAAAGGCAUGUGAUAAGAACCAAACAUACUUGCAGGUUCGGUGAGUCCGAGAUUGGACGCACCUCGGGUGGCUGCAAGUUUCCUGAACCCACCUCGCUUUGCUCGGUGAGUUCGGGAAACUUCCAGCCAGUAUGUUUGUUAUAGAGUCAGACAUUUGACUCGGACUCGGAUUUGAAUUGGUUAACCGACAAACGCCGAAAUUGAAUAAAAUUCACAGUCGAAUAGGGUUUGAGUACAUUAGGAGUGGGGUUAGGGUUAGGAGUAGGGUUAAGGUUAGGAUUAGGGUACUGAGCCAUUGAACUACAAAGACAACUAAACAGUGACUCGGACAUUUGACUCGGGCCCGGAUUUGACUCGGGCUCGGAUUUGACUCGGACUCGGAUUUGACUCGGUUAACCGACAAACUCAGUCCAACUCUAACACAACUGCAUAAAUUUAUUAUUCCCGUAAACCUUAUAACCUUAUUAUUUUGCCGAAAACAGUCAUCACAAAAGACAAAUCCUGGAACUAUGGUUGUGAACAAAUGUGUAGAAUGAUUCUUUUGACAUCAGAGAGAAAAUUAAUAUGAAGCAACGUAUAGUUAAACGAAAAUUUCACUGCCAAACCUGAAGCUUAAACUCCGUUUAAUAUAUCUUGCAGGUAGAUUAGCCCUUACAAAAUGGUUAGAUACUAUGCCCCAUCCACAUACUUCCACCUUCUACAUGCAGUUAGUAGUAAGUUUGGCAAAUACAACGGCAACGUCAUCAUGCAUCAACAACAGAAUUUUUACUGUCAAGACGAACCGCAUGUUAUGUGUUACAAUUUUUCUUGCAACUUGUAACGCAACAGCGUUGUGUAACGCCCUUAUUUGGUAACUGGUAAUUUAUAGACCAAUUGCGAAACUUAGUGGCCGCGCCUUCAUACUGCACGAGAACGAGGCUUAUUAUGCAAAAACAAAACAAUUUCUAUAUUUUUAUAUAGCGAAAGUAAAUUUUAGGGGUUUUAAAGUGUUUUUUCUUGAAUCUCUUUGAUCUUUUCUUAAUAUUUCGUGUUAGGUUAUAUAAAUAUUUGUUAAAUUUAUCUAAACAUUGAUUUCCCACCAUAUUUUUACCCGCUUUGGAGAGAUAUUUCGUUGUUGUUUGGGGAGAUAUUUCGUUGUUGCAUGCGAUGGAACAAACAUAUGGAAAAGAUCAAUCUAGACUUUAAAAUCUGAUCAAGAUGCAAAUAAAAUAGCCAGUAUACCUUAACAAACUAAAAUAUAGCUCUUUCUACCCAGAUUUUUUUACACUUUGUGAGAGAAAAAAGCGAUUUUGUCAAAGGAUAAUAACAUAAAAUUUCUACAAAUUUUGCCCGACAUUUACUUUCAUAUUUUUAAAGUCAAAAUCGAAAACUUGCUAUUAUAUUACAACUGAAACAAAAUUAAUCAAUGUUACCACUUAUUCUUUGAAAUGUAUUAAUAAAACAGACGGAAAAUACCUGAUUCUUUCUCUGGUAUAAUCUGCUUCUUUUAUCGGACGGCGAAAAACAGCAAAACUUUGCCUCGCACGCCGCGAAAAACAGUGAAAUUUGAAGUAAGACUAAAUCUAUGAACAAGUUUAAUACAGAUUUACAUAGUCAAAACAAAAAUAUUGAAAAAAAAUGAAGAGAUUACCAUAAAAACGCGUCUUAAACACUGAAAUUAAUUUUUCGCCAUAUAAAAAUAUAGCAGAACGAUUUGUUUUUGCAUAAUAAGCCUCGUUUUCGUGCAGUUUGAGGCGCGGUCACUAAGUUUUGCAAUUGGUCUAUUUGUUUGUUUAUUUAGCUUUGCCAACUAGGGAAGGGUCACCACAACAGCAUGUGCCAAUUACUGUGGGCCCUUUUACCUAACCCACCCUGUCAACUUUCUCUAUGGGAGGGAACCGGAGUACCCGUGGAAAACCGACGACAUUCGGCAGAGCCAGAGGCGUAGCCAGGGCUGGGGCCGGAGAGCCCGGCCCUCCUGGCAAAAUUUUGGGCCCCCUCCUGGCAAAAUUUUGCCCCCUCCUGAUAAAAUUUAUUGUACUGCUAAGGGUACCUGCAAGGUAGGGAUUGUUGCGGGCAUCAAGAGCAAAAAGAACUAAUAAUAGUACAAAUUACAUAAAGCAUGCAGUUAUUACUCGCAGCGAGCCGGCGACUUGUGAGCGCUGUGGUUGGAGCUUAAGGAAUACGGAAUCGAUUCAUGCCAUGAGUGUCUGAGAAAAAGCAAUGGCCAAUGUAUUUGUUGCCAAGACCAUGCACGGGUUCAAGAGCAAUCACAGAUUACAAAUAGGCGUGUUAAUGUUAAUGGAAGUAAUAUUCACUAAAACAUAAGCAAGAAUAUGUAAUAUUUUCAAGAUCAAGUGGAAUUUGUUGAAUUUAAUACGCGCUGCUUUAGUACGCGUGUGAAUACAAACGACAAAGUAUUCUUAUUAAGACGUACAGUUAAAUUAUAAAACACAGUUUUUGCUACCUGAUUUCAUAUUAUUACGUCUAAUACUGCUAGGCGCAUUUACUACAUUGUAUACACAGUAUUUAACUAAGAAACCGAAACUUUAUAAUAAAUUAAAAUAUAGAACUUACAGUAGUCAAAGUCCAUUGAGUGAACAACGCACGUAGUGCAGUCACGUUAUUUUAUACACUAAAUUAUGAUGGCCUUUACAGGGCUUAAAACUUUACUAAACCUUACGCCGAGUGCCUGAGUCAAAAUAAUUUACAAGUCGAAGCAAGCAAUACAAUUAACAAUUAUUCGCCGAAGGCGAGGUGAUUAUCGGGGAAUAUUCGCCGAGACGAAGUCGAGGUGAAUAUUCCCCGAUAAUCACCGAGCCUGAGGCGAAUAAUUGUUUUAGUAGUUUUGCACAAGUUUUUUGUUUUUUUCUUGUCUGGAUUCAUUUUAAUUUCGCUUAUUUCUUUAUCACUAACCUCAACAAAACGGCUAGCCGCCCAUUUGAAAAUUUCGAUUUUCUUAUAUUUACCUGUUGGUGAAUAUAAUAGAUUUAAUACGUCAAAUUUGACCAAUCACUUUGUAGGAUUUGUUAUGUUCACUUAAACGACAUCCUUCAAAUACGCCUCAAAUAUUGUAUGUCGACCACAAUACAAUUUGCUAACUAAAAUUUACUUCAAAACCUGCUAUCUGCGCAUAUUAGAACGCUGCUACGCUCGCUCGCUUUAGGCUCGCUCGCUACGCAGCAAUAAGAAAGGGAAUCCUUGAUUAUAUAGCUUCAAGUUGAGACCCGUCGGAAAAUUGUCAAUGUUGUCGGAAUCUUUGUGGUGAAGCAUCGGAAAAAGUGAUAUGGAAAUCGGGAAAAGUGCUACCAAAGCAAUUGUGAUGUCCGGAAAUUGUUUUACCAAAAAAGGUGUCGACUGGGGGGGAUUGGUCGGAGAGAUUUAAAAUGUUGUCGCCUGGGAAUUUUUUGGCCCCACCUGGGUUUUUGCUGCCCCCCUGACCAAAACUCUUGGCUACGCCUCUGGGCAGAGCGUUGACAUUUACUCUUUUCACAUGAGGACUGGGUUCGGGUCGCAUUGAGAAAGUCUUUACUGAGGCUUGAACCUACUGCCUCAGAGGUGAAAGGCAAGUGCGCUAACUACCUGGGCACCAAAGCCACCUAAUGGAAUGAGAAAAUGCAUUGCAAGUUGCAGUUGGAAAGAAGGUUCAACCGGUUUGUACUUUUCGCAAUGCCGCGCUACAAGUUGCAACUUGGAUCGCAAUAUUUGAAAAAUUAACCAGUCACAACACAGACAUGCCACUGCAACUUGCAACAUUUUUUUUUGAAAAAAAUUGUUGCAAGAAAAAAUUGCAUCGCGUAGCAUGGCCUUAAGACAGAGGUGUUAUUUACUUCGCUGCUUAUUACUUAUAGAGUUUGAACAAACAUAUAAUAUCAGACAAAUACUAUAAGAAGCACUAAUUUUAUUCCUUAAUCUGUUUUUAAAAUGAAACUUUAAAGCCACGCAAGAUAAUUCAGCAUGUGGAACCGCUGGAGAAGGUAUUGUUGUUAUAUUUACUUAGGUUCAGGUUUGGCUUCCACUAUACCGUUACCAUUGAGCGACCAUUAACCAUGCAAUUCGAUGCAUUAACCAAUUACUAAGCCAGUGAGAAGUAGCAGUAGUGGAAGUCAAAUCUGAACCUCUGUAUUGUUACACUUGAGACGUCAUAAUUUUAGAACUAAUACUACAUUACAAUAUACUGGUGAUAUUAUGCUGCGCGUUAUUGUUCACUUGGUAAUAUGAUAAGAAGAAAAUGUUCUCGAGUAAGAUAUAUAUAUCAUACCGCUGUGACGCUGUCUGGACAUUAUUAUACAUAUCUAUAUAUAUGCAGGCAAAACAUACAUAUAAACAAAAAUAUAAUCAGAAAAGAGCACAUUGUUUGUAGUUAUUCCAGACAUUCUCCCUCCCUUUACUGACAGAAUUUCAACUUUUCACAAAAAAGAGUUUUGGGCACAACUCGCCCCUGGCUACGACACUGAAAUAAUAUUGUUUUUUGUGUUUUCGUUAAACAGAAUUAGUGCAGAGAAGUGAAAUAUGCAUCGUCCCUACUACACAAGACUAUCCAUGUUGCCACUACCAUAUCCCUCCACCAGGAAUGUUGCAUUUGAGUCGAAAGAUUUCCAGUGAUGUUAAGAACAAAUGUAAGCUGGAUACAUUAAAAAACCCAACACCAUGGCAAAUUGAUGUGGCAUGGAAUUUAACGCAUAAUGGUAAAUCUUAAUCAAUCUUUUACUUUACUAUUUCUUUUUAGUGCAUCAGUUUCUUGUUCAUAUGCCUAAUGUAUCAGUCACUAUUUACAGCCUUAUAAACUAUACCAUAAAACUAUAUGUCAUUCCGAAGAAAGUGUGCAUUUAACACAUUACAUUAACAACACAUCUAUUGCACAUGAAAUAAAAUAUGGACACCUUUUUCGGAAUAACAUUAGUAUUAUAAAACUUCCAAACUUUGCAACUUUGGAAGCUAUUGAUCUAAUGAAUUUUCAAAAUGCAUAUCACUCUCUAUAUAUAAAUUUUGGAAAUGUUCUUGUUCGUUUAGUGAGUCUAUGUACAGUUGAACUCUUAUUGAACACAUUUUCCGUAGAUUUGUCCGUAUGCCAUUUCUACGCAAAGCAAUGCAAUGCAAUACAAUGCAAUGCAAUGCAAUGCAAUACAAUACAAUGCAAUGCAAUGCAAUGCAAUGCAAUGCAAUGCAAUGCAAUGCAAUGCACUUCAAUUCAAUUCAAUUCAAUUCAAUUCAAAAUAAUAAAAAUUCAAAAGCAUGCACGAGCGUUAAAAUUAUUUUUAUCAACCUUUGCCUGUGACGCUGAUGUCGAUCAAGGACACUAAAAACCUAAUUUGUUUUAGACAAGAAAACACUUGAAAGAGCAGGAAAGCAUAUAUGAUUGAAUAACUAUUUUAAUGGUUUUGCCUGUAAUAUGCCGCACAAAAAUAAUACACUUAAUUUCCCUAUAAAAUUAUAUUCCUGUAAUACUCCUACACCAUUAUAAAUGUCUUCUAUUCAGACUAUAUUUUUUGCAACCAAAAAUGGCUCUUCGAUGAAAGAAUUUUCUACAAAAUUUCUUCGAAAUCGUUGCAAAACAAACGUUUUUCGUCGCCAAUUUUCUCAACCGUGCAAGUCCCAGUGGCGAAACUAGCCAUGGCAAAUGCUAAUAAACCUGUACCAAAUUAGUUUAAAAGACAAUGAAUUACUAUAUAGUUUGAAUAAUACAAUAAUUUUAAAAUUUGCAUAGCAUGCGUUAUGAUCCAUGGAUGAGUAGUCAAUCAGAAUGCUGCAUCUUGUAAUAAACUGUGCAUGGUUGAGUGUUACACGUAUAAAUAUGAGUUAACGCUUAUUCCUAGAGGCCGAGUAAGGGCCACCCCUUAUAUAGUUAUUAAUUAUUUCUUCUAAAAUAGCUACAUGGAUAUGGGGUUGGCAAGUCAGCUUUAGUGGACUUGACAACUCUGUUGGUGUUAAAGGAUGUGUCCAAAUCAAUAGUAAGGUAAGAUUGCGUCUUUCUUUGGUGUACGUAUACGCAAGCAUCCAUUUGCUUUGGUGUGCGCAGGCAUGCUUCUAACUACAAAAAUAUAUUGUCUGUUUUAUAAUAACUUUCUUCAAACCAGAUAAGCAUGCAGCUCCAAUAUUUGACAUAACUCUUGAGAACAUUCCGGCCAAUAUUGUAAAGUUAUUGCUCAUUGAGAAAACAAACUUCGUCUCCACCAUUCCCUCAGUUCAAUCUGAAACAAAUUUUAAUAUUUUACCAUGACUCAAGCUCAACAUUGAGUUGAUGAUUAAGUGGACCGGGGGCUUAAAAAACGCAACAUGAAUUGACAUGGAAUUUAUCAUUAUAGGGGUAUACGAAUUUUGAAUAGAGGGAAAGGUAGUCUCUACCACUUAUAUUCAAGAUUGUAGAAAUAGCACCUCCCUUUCCCUCCCCUCUCCCUUCCUCGCUCUAACACAAUAUUAUUGAAAAAAAUAUUAUUCUAUAUGAUUCUUGCGCACACAUCAAUAUGGUACAGGAAGUAGGGGGAAGGGUGGGAUUUUUGAAUUCCAAGAUUGUAGAAAGUGGCAGAAAUUAACCUAUUUGCACUCACCAUUAUUUUAAUGGCUGAUUUAGCUUUCCAGGUUAAAAUUUCCAACUAAUUGUUUAUUUUACGUAAAGGUUUGAGGAAACUCGCAACGAAAUUUUUGACUAUGUACAAAUGAACAUCCAAUGAAAAUGCUAAAAAUCGAACAGCUGAAUGCUAACUUAUAAUUAACAAUUUGAUUUAUUAGAGUAGGUUGCUGAACUGGACAUUUGAUGGUCUACCGUUUGGGAGUAAAUACGAGAUCAAAGUGCAAGCGCUACCAUCAGAUUUAACAAAUUACAUUUACCAAACUAUUGUCCUUCCAAAAAAGAGAGGUACGCAGAUGCAACAUAAUAAUAUAGUUUUUCCAAACACACAGAUUAUUUUAUUCUCUAGCUUUAUCACGCAUAUACAUAGAUUUUGCAUUGUGUCUAACUCUGGAAAUUCUUGCUAGUUUAUUUUAAUGCAUUUCUUGGUGCACGGCUCUGAAAAUCCGAAAUUUGGAUCGUCGAAUUCCCGUGCACGAUCAUAUAAAUAUACUGAAUCUGAAUAUAAACGAGGCAAAGACAAUUUCAAGGUAAAAGGUUAGAACUUAAACUGCACAACGUAGUUUUAAUAAAUAACUACUUUAUGAGAAGCAUAUUGGUGUCAUAUCAAUAUGAAAUUUAUCGAACAACAGUCCGUGAAAACUGCAGUGUACUCAGUGUGAAAUAUGAUGUUGUAUUUGUAAUGCCUAUUAAUGCAAUAUAGAUAAAAACACCACCGUUCGAUUCAGCGUAAGAAAUUGUACUUACGGAUGCCAGAUGUAUUAUUAUAAACAACAGUAUUCUAGCGAUUUAUGGCCUUUGAAAAUCUGUUGACAAAUCACUUGCAGUACGUUUGUCCUUGUAUUUGUAUUGCCUAAUUAAUAGCGCAAUAGCCAAUAAGAAUAAAAUUAAAUACCACCGUUCGAUUCAGCAUAACAAAUUGUACUUAUACGAAUGAGAAAUUGUACCUACGGAUGUCAAAUGUAUUACUAAACAACUGACACCAUUAUUUUAGCGAUUUAUGGCCUUUGUCUCUGAAAGUCAAGCCAAAUUGUAUUAUUUGUUGACAAAUCGCUCAAAUUAUAAAAAAUGCAGUACGUUUGAUCCUUGAUAACUUUGGUAUCGUUGGUUUUCUCUUCUUCGGCCGUAUACCAGUGGAUUCGUCUCACUUCUCUCUUCAUUUUGAUAAUAUUUUGAGCCCAAAAGCCCCCAAAUAUUUUAGUUUGGACGUUUUAAACUGGCGGCCGACAGAAGAAUGUAGCGUACUAUAAAAUAUAACUUUACUUGUGGGCAUAAACGCCAGAAGUUUUAUUUGUUGGGACCGCAUUUUAGUGCAAUCUUCCAUUUUCGUAUUCGACUUUUCCGCUUAGCUCGGGGCCAGGCUUAGAUCUUAAUUGAAAUAGCUGUGUCCUGUACGGCUGUACCUGGUAUCAUAUACAGUAAUGUGCGUAUUUGUAUAGCCCCGGCGAGUUAACGCUCCAUAGAGCGUCUUAUUCAAUUAAGAUUGUCCUCGAGCAAAGCGGAAAAGUUGAAUACGAGCGCGAAAGCCUUGCUGGGAGUCGCUAACAAAAUCAUGAAUUUUUAGCGAUUCCCAGCAAGCCUUUCGCGCUCGUAUUUGACUUUUCCGCUUUGCUGGCAGACAACCUUAAUUGAAAUAACUGUAUACAUAUACAACUACAGUGCACGAUCAUAAAUUGCUGCCACAACUUGACAGCUAUAGAUAGGCUUGCUCAUCUUAGUUGUCGAUUUCUGGUCGUGUGUAAGACAAUGCACUCGUUAUUUACAAUUGUCAAUGUCUACAAUGAUAUUGUGUACAUUUUUAAAAGAUUGGACAAAAAUAAUAUAUCUUUAGUGCCGCAGCCAAGAAGAGGGGCAAAGUGGCGGGGGGAGGAGGAGGUAUUGCUCCCCAAUAACCUCUAUGCAGAAUGCAGAGCUGUAGUUCUUCUGAAAAGUUGAACUGGCAAAGCACUGCAAGGUCUGGAAUUGCUAGAAAUACGAUAAAAUAUUUCUUAACGAUAUUGUUUGUUUCAAAACUCGUUCUAGAAUGGGAGAAAUGCUGUUCUAGAGACCCUAUAGAAAUGAUAAAUUUCUCCCAGGGCGCACGCUUACGGACACCCUUAGAUUUCAUAUGCCGAAUCAAUAAAUGUUUGCUGAACCUUCUCCACCCCAUUCCCCCCCCCCCAGAAAUUAAUUGUGUACGUGUAGUUGGCCAAAAUUUUUAACUGAAACAGUUAUUCUGCAUUAUUGUUAACAAAUGAAAUUAAAAUGCGCAUGAAAUAGUUUUUCGUCGUCAAAUAUUUUUUCCCCGUUCUUUUAACAUUUGUCUAUUUCCAGAUAUUUGCAAAAAGAUUGGUCGAAAAUGUCAUUGGGAAAUAUGCUGUAAGUCAUGAUGGAUCUAUGAAAAUUGAUUAUAUCAACAGCGCGGCCCUAUAAAGAAACACAAAUUCGUUAUCUUUGUAUAGUCGUUUUCAGACAAUACACUGAUGUUUAAGAAAAGUAAUUUUCAUCGACUCUAUUUGACAAUCGCUUUUGCUCAUUUUGCGUUCAGAACAAUGAAUUAAUUGCUUCGUUCUCAGAAAACUUCAGCCUAAAUCGGUCAAUGGAGCUCUUCUGAACAGCUUCGGCUGACCGUAGUUAUGAGCUGACUCGUCAUGUUUCAAAGAUAUUAGACUGAAAGGUAUUGAAAAAGAAUUGAAUUAUACAUGGCAGGUUUUAGAACAUCAUGUAAAGAAGAGUGAAAAUCCUAUGUUUUUUAAUGCCUCAACGUCCUAAAGAGAAAGAACGACUGAACAAAAAACACGAACAUCAAGAACAUUCUUGAUCUUUGGAAGGAAGCCAAUAUGCUCUUUAGGGAAAGGGAGUAAAAGAAAAGACCUUCGCCUUCUUCAUGCACUGUUUAUGUCAAGCAUGUACAUUAUAUAUAACGUCGAUAAUUCUUCAGAAAUUCUUAAAAGGGAAGAGAAACUUCGCAUUCUUUUUUAAUUUUUAUUUUGGUUGUUUUGCUAAAAACCCCUCCCCCUAAAAUUUAGUACGAAUUAACGAAACAAAUACACUCGUCGUACGCAGCCAUUUAAAAUUUAACAAAUUUUUGGUAAAGUGAAUAAUAAUCUGUGUAAUCAGCGACCUGAAAAGCAGCUGCAAUCAUAAAUAAAUUGCUGAUUUCUUUUUCUUUAGUUCCUGUAGAGAAUGUGCAACAAGAGGAAAUGUCUUCAGUCCUAACUUGGCACCUUUCAAAAUACCAUAAAACACUGCACGAUUUUGAAAUAUAUUACAGUAGUAGUGAUGUCGAUUGCAGUGACAGUGGAAGAAGAAAAGUUCAGGUAAAUUGAAAUUUAGAAAAAGCAUUCAAAACAUUGAACUGUGAAAUAACAGUAAAGAAUUAUGGUAAAGUUGCACUAAAGAUGGUAACGUAAUGUUUUGUAAUUUUAUGGUUUACGAUUAUGGUUUAUGUUUUACGAGUAUUGCUUUUUCAUUUUAGAAUAAAACGCGCAUUGUUCUGAAAAUACAUAAAUGCCGAAACUAUUAUGUGAAAGUAAGAAUCAUUAAAUAUAUGAUAUAAUUAUGCGCAAGGUACGGUGCAGUGCAAUGAUGUUAUCUACCCCAAUUAUCCCAUUAGUAAAUAAUUCACUCUUCUCGCUAUAUUUCGGUAGCAGAACAUGAUAGCAUUCAUAUUUUUACAGUUUUAA